CCCCGCGCAGAUAACCGGGCCGGCCCGGGCCGGCAGCCCCCGCACAGCAUGGCAGAGCCGCCGGCGGCAGCGCCGGCCCCCGAGGGCGAGGAGGGCCCGGUGCGCUUCGCCCGCAAGGGCGCCCUGCGGCAGAAGAACGUGCACGAGGUGAAGAACCACAAGUUCACGGCGCGGUUCUUCAAGCAGCCCACCUUCUGCAGCCACUGCACCGACUUCAUCUGGGGCUUCGGCAAGCAGGGCUUCCAGUGUCAAGUUUGCUGCUUCGUCGUGCACAAGCGGUGCCAUGAGUUCGUCACCUUCUCCUGCCCUGGCGCUGACAAAGGCCCUGCCUCUGAUGAUCCCCGGAGCAAGCACAAAUUCAAAAUCCACACAUACUCCAGCCCCACCUUCUGUGACCACUGCGGGUCGUUGCUGUACGGGCUCAUCCACCAGGGCAUGAAAUGUGACACCUGCAUGAUGAACGUGCACAAGCGCUGCGUGAUGAACGUGCCCAGCCUGUGCGGGACGGACCACACGGAGCGCCGGGGGCGGAUAUACAUCCGGGCAGACAUCGACAAGGACGUGCUCACCGUCGUAGUAAGAGAUGCUAAAAACCUAGUUCCUAUGGACCCUAAUGGCUUGUCAGAUCCCUACGUGAAGCUUAAACUAAUCCCUGACCCCAAAAACGAAAGCAAACAGAAGACCAAAACUAUCAAGUGCUCCCUGAAUCCUGAGUGGAACGAGACAUUUAAAUUCCAACUGAAAGAGGCGGACAAAGACCGGCGGUUGUCUGUGGAGAUCUGGGACUGGGAUCUGACCAGCAGGAACGACUUCAUGGGCUCCUUGUCCUUUGGGAUCUCUGAGCUGCAGAAGUCAGGAGUGGAUGGAUGGUUUAAGCUGCUGAGCCAGGAGGAGGGGGAGUAUUUCAACGUCCCAGUGCCUCCCGAGGGAGAAGAAGGAAACGAGGAACUGAGGCAGAAAUUUGAGAGAGCCAAGAUCGGAACUGGGUCCAAGGCUGCGGAUGAGAAGACAAGAAAUGCCAUUUCCAAAUUUGACAACAAUGGGAGCAGAGAUCGGAUGAAGCUUUCAGACUUCAACUUCCUGAUGGUGCUGGGAAAAGGAAGCUUUGGGAAGGUGAUGCUGGCGGAGAGGAAGGGCACAGACGAGCUCUAUGCUGUGAAGAUCCUGAAGAAGGACGUUGUGAUCCAGGAUGAUGAUGUGGAGUGCACGAUGGUGGAAAAACGUGUCCUGGCUCUCUCUGGGAAACCUCCAUUCCUGACCCAGCUCCACUCCUGCUUCCAGACGAUGGAUCGCUUGUAUUUUGUGAUGGAAUAUGUGAAUGGUGGGGACUUGAUGUACCAGAUCCAGCAGGUCGGGAGGUUCAAGGAGCCCCACGCUGUGUUCUACGCAGCAGAAAUAGCCAUUGGCCUGUUCUUCCUGCAGAGCAAAGGCAUCAUUUAUCGGGACCUGAAGCUGGACAACGUGAUGCUGGAUAGCGAGGGGCACAUAAAGAUCGCAGACUUUGGCAUGUGCAAGGAGAACAUCUGGGACGGGGUGACCACCAAGACGUUCUGCGGCACUCCCGACUACAUCGCGCCCGAGAUAAUUGCUUACCAGCCUUAUGGGAAGUCUGUGGAUUGGUGGGCGUUUGGAGUCCUGCUCUAUGAGAUGUUGGCUGGCCAGGCCCCCUUUGAGGGAGAAGAUGAGGACGAGCUCUUCCAGUCCAUCAUGGAGCACAACGUCGCCUACCCCAAGUCCAUGUCCAAGGAGGCAGUGGCCAUCUGCAAAGGGCUGAUGACCAAGCACCCCGCCAAGCGCCUGGGCUGCGGCCCGGAGGGGGAGCGGGACAUCAAGGAGCACGCCUUCUUCCGCUACAUCGACUGGGACAAGCUGGAGCGCAAGGAGAUCCAGCCCCCCUUCAAGCCAAAGGCUUGCGGACGCAGUGCCGAAAACUUCGACCGGUUUUUCACUCGCCACCCACCCGUGCUAACACCUCCCGACCAGGAAGUCAUCAGGAACAUUGACCAGUCAGAAUUUGAAGGAUUUUCCUUUGUUAACUCUGAGUUUUUUAUGCCUGAAGCCAAGAGCUAAGUAGCUGUGUAGAUCUCAUCCCCACAUCCAUCAUCCAGUCCCAGCUGCUGCUGUGGAGACAUUUUCCAUUGCAAAACUUGCAUCCAUGGAUUUUCUCCAGUCCCUUACUAGAGUGACCAUACUUCAAAGCCAGAAGUGUCUUCCUGUGAUUUGGGGUGUCCCUGGAUGGGGGGUGAUGUGCAGCAAAUGCUGCAAAUGGUCUUUUGUGAUGGGGGUUUUUUUUGGUAGAAAAUGGGAGCAGUUCAGUGGGUGAUGGAAGGAAAACAGAGACACGGGGACAAUUGGGACAAAUCCUUUCGUCAUGUGUUUUAAUUCCUGCUCUUUCGUUUUUCUAGCCUUUUAAUAUAAUCAUGAAAAUUUCAUAUUUAGCCUCCUUAGCCUUAGUGGCAAGUAAGUGUUUUUAAUGAAGCUUUUCCCCAGAGCCUUUCAGCUCCUCCUAAAACCUCUGGAGAGCCAAGAUGCUGAUUCUGGCUCCUUUUUUAGCCGUGUCCUGCUGUCUGUCCAGCCCUGCCACAGCUCCCCUUCCCUCCAAAGAUGCUUUGGGAUGGCAUGUUCCCAGUGCUGGGUCCCCAACAAUGAGAUAAGUUAUUCAGGAAGGCAGAGCUGCUGUUGGCAAAGAUUUCUCCUGAUUGUGCAGUUCUUAAGUGAUUUUUUUUUAAAUCAAAACAUACAAUAUCCAGUGCUAAGUGAGGAAUUCGGAAGAGCUGCUUUUGAGUCCGUGGUCACCCUAGUAAACACCCCCAACACCAGUUCUAUAGUGAGGUUUCUUCUUCUUUUCAAAUGCCAAAGCAAUGGAUGGAGUUUGUUACUUGCGCUUUAAACGUGUCAAAAAAUGGUAUUAACCCAAACGGGACCUAUUUAACUCUGACCAGUAUUGUGAAUUCUGAGCUGAGCCUUGUAAAGAAACUUGUUUCAACUCUUAGCCCUACUCUUAAAAAUUGCAGCUAGCUAUUUAAAUGGCCUCAUUUAAAUGUUUUGUUUCUGGCCUCAAAGGAAACCUUUCAGGAAGGGUGAAUGUCUCUUGAAACAACAACAGUCCCACCACUUCCUUCUAUGCCCUUGCAGAUGUUUGUGGGCUGUCACUGUAUCAAUCUGCUUUGACUUGUAAUGUGCCAAUUUUUUUUUUCCUGAUACUGAUUAUAAAAUAAAAAGUGAGAAACUGUGUCCAAGAAACCUGCAUGUGUUUGGCAAUAAUGAGUUUCUCCAGCUCAGAGAGGCGAUU